CACCAUCAAUCAUCCUUUCUUUAUGUUGAAGUACAGUUUCCAAGUACUUGCUAAAAAAGUACUUCGCCGUUGGAAAAUCUAUGCUUUGGAUCAUUCCCUCCGCGUUCCAAUAUUCCCAUAAGCGCGAAGCCAACGACUUCUUGCACUCUGAGAACGUUCCAUGCUCCUUCCCUCGUCUCCAGUCUCCUCUAUAAAUAUGGCUUUCAUCGCUUUCCCUCCGAUCAGGCAUGGCUCCCAAGCGGCCCCUCCCUCCGCCAGAGGAGGCGGAGGACGGCGGCAGAUCUCGGGCUCUCAAGCGAUGGCGGCCCUUGGUCCUAGAGGUACUGGGUGAGCAGCGCUUGCAGCGGCUCUUGGUGGAGCUCGAGAAGGUGUUUCGCAGAGUGGUUCGAGAAGAACUAGUGACAUUAUGUGCCAAUAAUGUUUACCAGCCCAGCAAUCAGGACAAGAAAAUCAGGUAUCGCCUGCAUUUUCGGAACAAGCUACCAAAGGUGUUUUUCACAUUCAACAGCAUUUUAGCAGAGGAUGGGAUGAAUCUCCAGAUAGCUCUAAUGGAUUCCAACUUAAGGGAGGUUAUCACUUCCAAUCCCUUGUCUUCGGUUAAGGUUGAGAUAGUUGUCAUUGAUGGUGAUUUUGUUGGUGAUGUACAUGAAUAUUGGACUGAGAAGCAGUUUAAAGAUCGUGCUGUACCUCCAAGAGAUGGUAAAGGACCAUUGCUGACAGGAGAGUUGGUUAUUAAGCUGAACAAAGGUGUUGGUGAUCUUGCUCAUGCCACCUUCACAGAUAACUCGAGUUGGACAAGAAGUCAAAAGUUCAGGCUGGGUGUGAGACUUUCUCAAAGUGAAUGUUUUGAAGAUAGAGUUCAAGAAGGAAUAAGUGAACCUUUUAGGGUAAAAGAUUGCCGUGGGGAAUUAAAUCAAAAGCAUCAUUCUCCAUCACUGACCGAUGAAGUAUGGCGUUUGAAGAAUAUAAUGAAAGAUGGUAUAUUUCAUAAAAGGCUUGUGGAUGGAGGGAUCCAUACCGUGCAGCAAUUCCUACAAGCCUUCACUAUGAAUCAUGAAGGGCUGCAAAGUUUACUUGGUGACAAAGCAAAAAAGAAACAAAUUCCAAACAAGAAGUGGCAAGGAAUUCUGUCACACGCUCAGAAGUGUCCUGUAGGCAAUGAGCUUUAUUCAUAUAGUGUUUCAGGGAAGAAUUUUGUGCUCAUUUUCAACUCAAUAUAUCAACUCCUUGGAGCAAAAUUUGAUGGCCAUUAUCACUCCAUGGGUGACUUAACUGCAUCUCAACAGAAAUUAGUGGACUACUGCAAAAAGCUUGCCUUUGAAAAUCCAAAUGACAUUCAUAUAAUGGUUGACAACCUUCCCCAGCCCAUCACUCCAAUAAAGGUUCCUUCAGUUCCUGGAUCAAGUUCAUUGGACCCACAAAUCCCAUAUAAUAAUGGUGAAAAUCAUGAUGAAGCAACUACCCAAGUUGGUUUGUGGCAUCAACCUAAUGCACCACACAAUAAGAAUUCAAAUGUUUUAUUCCAUGCAGAAGAUAUUUCUGUUGAGGACAAGGUCCAUUCAAUUCAAGAGUCUUCUUCCUUCCAAGAACCAAUAGUUUCUAAUGGACUUUCAGUUGGCAGACUGAUCCGACCAGAGCCACAGAAUUAUGAUCACCCAGCCACAUACACUGAUGAAUCAGCUGCAGAUAUGGGUUUCCAUCAACUUCCUCAGGACAUUUCCAAGGAGCAGGACUUCAGUCAAUUUCAACAGCUUGCAUUCUUCCAAGGAAACGUAUCCCCCAUGAAUGACAUUUUAGAUGCGCGCUUAUUCGGAAUUGAGUCAUGUACUGGUAGAGUGGAUGAAUACAUGCCUGAUGAUGAGUGCGAGGAAAUGGUCUUGGAAUAUUUGAAAGCUGGUAUCCCAACAUCUCCUCGGAAGUGGGUUAAGCUGAUCGCUGGCUUAAAAUGUGGGCUUUCAAUUAGCAAGUACUUGGCUGCAAGGAGGACUGGAAUUGUGCAUCUUAGUUCCAAACAGUAGUGCCAAGCAGCUGUCUUGGCACACUCAGUGCUGGGUCCUGGGAGCUUAGAACAGUAUCCAACAGAGGAAGCAAAGAGGAUGGAACGAUUUAUUUUGUAAUUGCAUAGUAUCUGAAUGUUAGUAGAGUGGUAAAGUUGAACAUGGUAGUAAGCAGUUUAUUGUUAUAACAUUCUUACUUAUGUCAGGUUGUUUCUAAUAAAGUGGGUAAUUUGGAUGA